UUUGUCAACAUAUAUAUGGAGAAAUUGUUGGUGUUGAUCAGAAGGAAGAGAAAAUGUAACGCUGUCGACAGAAGAGAGCACUUGGGUUGGAUUGACCAAUCGACCAAUCUGCAUGGAAUAUCCCUGACAAGAUACAACAGAUAAAUAACUGGAAAAGAAGCUAAGAAACACAGGUAAGAAUCUUACCUUAGAAAGCAAUGAGGAUCAACCCGAAAAAGACAAGAAAGAAUCUUGUAUUCUGUAGUUUCAAACAUAGAGAACCAGCAGAAGAAAACACAAGUUUGAAUUGAAUAUUUAGUAAAAGAAAUAAUGGAGUUGUUUGAAGCAUGCGAUGUGACGAGAUCAUUGGUUUAAACGUUACCCUUCUAUGUAAUCUUUCACGGUAACACCUAAGUAAUUUUGUUUCUUCCAAUCAUCAGACAUGGGAACUUAGUCCUAGUCUGUGUCUUGUCUUUCCAUUUAUAAAUCCACGUGCUCUGAGCUUGUGGCAACUUGAAGAAGCCACACUCCCCCAAUCCAGUUUCUGCAUUAAAAUCUUCACAACUCUUUCAAUAUGGCUUCUCAUCAAACCCCUGAAACGCCUGCUGAACACAAGCUUCCUGUAACUGAUCAUGAAAACUACAAGACAAGGACUGAACAAGUGCAGAGAGCUCAGUGGCUUAGAGCUGCCAUCCUUGGAGCAAGUGAUGGAUUGCUAUCAACUACGUCGCUAAUGCUUGGUGUUGGCGCAGUGAAGGAAGAUCGUUGGUCGAUGAUCCUAUCGGGCAUAGCUGGAGCUAUUGCAGGAGCUUGUAGCAUGGCUGUGGGAGAGUUUGUUUCAGUUUCAACACAAAGAGAUAUUGAAAAGACUUCUCUAAGACAACAAAGCAGUUUAAAUACUGAGUUGGGUAAGGAAGAUAUCAAGGGUAAGGUCAAGCUAGACAUCCCUGAAAGAUCAAACUUGACCAUUUCAAUUGAACUGACUCCUUCAAGAACAAUCUCAUGUGGAAAAUCAACGUGUGAUCAUCCACCAGAGAAAAUAUUACCAACUAUUGAGAUCAUAGAAAAUGAUGGAGGGAAAGAGUCAUUGCCAAGUCCACAAAAGGCAGCAUCUGCAUCAGCUUUGGCAUUUCUGUGUGGCUCACUUUUGCCUUUAAUCUCAGCCAUAUUUAUUGCUCAUAGUACUGUGAGAAUGGUGGUGGUUGUGGUGGUGGCUUCAAUAGCUCUGGCUCUCUUCGGCAGUAUGGGAGCACGUUUCGGUGGCUCACCGGCCAUGCCGUCUGCAGUUAGAGUUUUAAUUGGAGGGUGGAUUGCCAUGGCAAUAACUUAUAGCUUGCUCAUGCCAUUUGAAAAAGAAAAUCGUAAUGAAAAGGACUGAUGCCAUCACAAUUUGCCACAUAAUAUAUAUGUUAUGAGU